AUGCUCUCUCAGCUGUUGAACCCGGAGCAACCCCAGCCGUCCUCCGCCAACACCUCUCCCAUGGCCAGCGCUGCCAUGACCAUGCCGGCGAUGGGCGCAAUGCAAAACCAAGACGACAACCGUCCCGACCUACCUCGACCAUACAAAUGUCCUCUGUGCGACAAGGCCUUUCAUCGUCUCGAGCAUCAGACAAGACACAUCCGCACACACACAGGCGAGAAGCCGCACGCUUGUGGCUUCCCUGGCUGCACAAAACGCUUUAGCAGAUCCGACGAGUUGACCCGCCAUUCUCGCAUCCACAGCAAUCCGAACUCGCGUCGUGGGAAUAAGCAACAUCAUGUCGCUGCUCAGGCGGCUGCGGCUACCAUUCAGAGCGGCAUCUCGCCGAAUGUGUCACCGCCGCACCACUACGCCACGUACUCGAGCAAUCCAGGAUCAUACAUCACACGUAACGUCAGUGGAGACAUCAGUCCAGCGCAAGGGAACGGAUCGUAUCGUCCGAUGGACAUCAACUUGCUCGCUACCGCUGCAUCGCAAGUCGAGCGAGAGAACAACAGCCGCAUUCCGAACCAGCAUCUCUCCCUUCCUUCAAGACAUACGUCUUACAAUCACCCAUACCACAGCCAUCCAUACCACGCGGGACGCAUGCCAUCGCUCUCGUCAUACCACUACUCAUCGAACCCGACAUCCCAGCCCAUGUCGCGGUCGCACUCUCACGAAGAGGAUGAUCACUACCACGGCCGUGCAUCGAAAAAGUCGCGUCCAGGUUCUCCACAAUCUACUGCUCCACCUUCACCAUCCUUCUCGCACGAGUCCACAUCGCCGACGCCAGACCACACACCUCUCGCUACGCCGUCACAUUCACCACGCCUCCGACCGCAAUUCUUCCACAAUGGCGUUCAGCUUCCGACGUUGCACCACCUCUCCCUGGCGAAUCAGCCACCUCCAGCUCUCGCUCCCGUGGAACCGUCAGCUGACGGUCAGCAACCCUACGUCCCAGUACAGCACAGCGGGUUGAGAAUCAGUGAGAUCAUGGAAGCGGGUGAUGGAGCACAACGAAAACUGCCGAUUCCGAUGGUCCCGAACAAGCAGAGCAACUACACCGUCAAGGAACUCGUGGACCCCGGCAGUGGACACACCAGCGGCUACAGCAGUUCGAGACAUAGCGAGGCCGGAGACAUCCACGAUCGAAUGUGA